AUGGUCUUAGAGGCGGAGCAAAGUCGUAUCCUAGUGGAUUACUCAGAGAAGCCCUCCCUUGAUGUUCUUCUUAGUUCAUACUUUCUGCACGUUUUCUAUGCCGAUACCGGCCGUUACCAUAAGUCCACGCUCCUCUUGCGAGAAUCGGUGACUUUUGCGCAUAUUCUGGGGCUCCAUCUGAAGGCUCACUACGAAAAUCUCAACGCGAGCGAUACUCAGCAUCAUCUGCGCAUCGUCUGGCUGCUGUUCGUUACUGAGAGCAGCUUUGCCCAGCUUUUCACUGCACAUUCGAAACAGCACGACAUACCACCCACGCUCAAGCUUAGCCCCGACCUACCUCCUCUUGAUGCUAGCGAAGACCCUAUAUUGCUCUCGGCGUUUGUCAGCUUAUGCAAGCUCUUCCAGACUUUCGAUCACGCCUUGUCGAUUUCAACCCCGAGUGGAAUGGUAGAUCCUCGGACUAUAUUCUCGGCAGCGUACCAGCAGUUCCAGCAACUACCAAAUCUGUCGCCCUAUGGGAACGAGAUGCAGCGGGCCGAUGUUAUGGUCACACAGCAAUGGAUGCAGAUAGUAUUUUGGAAGUUUACUAUGCCUUACGUAGCACUGACCACGAUGUCUGAGGAUCCGAGCUUCAGCUUCUCGUUUCCGGCGGUGAUUGCGCAUCAGCUCCUCUCUAAUAUUAGAGAUAUCUCUGUUGAUACGCUCUCGGCUCACGGUGUGGGAAUGGAAAACAAGCUGCACGAGGUGGCAAACUCUCUUGCGGACGUCAUCAUGUGUGUCCCGCAGGUGGCGCAAGUUAACAGCAUGGAGCUGGGGCCGAGAGAUAUGUUGUUCCAACUAGCGAACAUCCUUACGGCGUUCAACGGUGCAAACCCAUCGUCGUUGUCGUAUCUUCAGCAAAAGUUGAUCGACUGCGGGCUCGGAGUUCCCCAGAUUUCAAGGAUUACAGAACUACCGGAUGGCAUCACCGAAAGCCAACAGCAAGACUCGUCCAAUAGCCUUGACAACAGUCUGUAUAUGACUGACGAAGCGGAGCACGGCGAUUGGCUUAUGCAACAAAUACCAUUAGUAGCACCACCAUCCUUGGAGCAUGGCCCUGGUUCAUCAGUAGACAAGGUAUCUGCUGGAAGUCCUCGGAACUUCAAUUGGCUGCCGCAGGGGGUGGACGACUUCGGAGAACCCAUGGUCCAGUCUUUCGACUUUGCGCACGUCGUUACGACCCCCCGGUUAUUUGCAAACGAUUUCUUGCAUAACAAGUUUACUGUUUAG